CCGGCGGAGGCCGUGAGCGCGAGAGCUCGAGUGCCCAGCGCAGCCCCGAGCCCCCUCUAGCAGGGCGCCGAGCGCGGGCAGCUGCGGCUCCGGUGGGGUCGCUGGGAGCCCGAGGCGCCGAGACACAAAGGCGGGCGAGAUGCGGGCGCAGCUGGGGCGCGGGCAAAAGGAAAGCGAAAGCCGGGCUUCCCGCCGGUGACGGGGUGAAGGCGCCGCGCUGCCCUCCCGACGCCCGCAGUACCUGGGCCUGUCCUCGCGGGCCUACCUGGCCGAGCCCGGCGCCUCGCAGCCAUGGCCAUCGCCCACCUGGCCACGGAGUACGUGUUCUCCGACUUCUUGCUGAAGGAGCCGGCCGAGCCCAAGUUCAAGGGGCUGCGGCUGGAGCUGGCCGUGGACAAGAUGGUCACAUGCAUCGCUGUGGGGCUGCCCUUACUGCUCAUCUCGCUGGCCUUUGCGCAGGAGAUCUCAAUUGGUACACAGAUAAGCUGCUUCUCCCCAAGUUCUUUCUCCUGGCGCCAGGCCGCCUUUGUGGACUCUUACUGCUGGGCAGCUGUUCAGCAGAAGGACUCCCUGCACAGCGCUUCUGGAAACCUGCCACUGUGGCUGCAUAAGUUUUUCCCCUACAUCCUGUUACUGUUCGCGAUCCUCCUGUACAUGCCCCCUCUGUUCUGGCGUUUCGCAGCUGCCCCUCAUCUCUGCUCAGACUUGAAGUUUAUCAUGGAAGAACUUGACAAAGUUUACAACCGUGCGAUUAAGGCUGCAAAGAGCGCACAGGACCUUGACUUGAGAGAUGGAGCCUGCCCAGUUCCGGGUGUUACUGAGAACACAGGGCAAAGUUUUUGGGAGAUAUCUGAAAGCCACUUCAAGUAUCCAAUUGUGGAGCAGUACUUGAAGACAAAGAAAAAUUCUAAUAACUUAAUCGUCAAGUACAUUAGCUGCCGGCUGCUGACUCUCAUCAUUGUACUGUUGGCAUGUGUCUACCUGGGCUAUUACUUCAGCCUCUCCUCGCUCUCGGACGAAUUUGUCUGCAGCAUCAAAUCAGGGAUCCUGAGAAACGACAGCACCAUCCCCGAUCAGUUUCAGUGCAAGCUCAUCGCCGUCGGCAUCUUCCAGUUGCUCAGCUUCAUUAACCUCGUGGUUUAUGUCCUGUUGGUUCCUGUGGUUGUCUACACGCUGUUCGUUCCAUUCAGACAGAAGACAGACGUCCUCAAAGUAUACGAAAUCCUGCCCACUUUCGACGUUCUGCAUUUCAAGUCUGAAGGGCACAACGACUUGAGCCUCUACCAUCUUUUCUUGGAGGAGAACAUAAGUGAGCUCAAGUCUUACAAGUGUCUUAAGAUACUGGAGAAUAUUAAAAGCAGUGGUCAGGGGAUCGACCCACUGCUCCUCCUGACUAACCUUGGCACGAUCAAGAUGGAUAUUGUGGACGGCAAAACUCCCAUGUCUGCGGAGACAGCGGGAGAGGAGCAGGGGGACCAGAUGACAGAGCUCAAAGGUCUGAACAUAUCUAGUGAAACUAAAGCAAAUAAUGGAGCGACAAAUGCACGGCAGAGACUUCUGGAUUCUUCUUGCUGAUGAUUUUUUUCCUUGAACUUCAAAUCUGUGACUUCUAUAACAUGGGAUUCAUUUUGGCUAAAGCACCCCUGUUGGGGUCACAGCUGAUUUGCAGUAAAUGGCUCU